CCUGUCAGCCAGGGCCCAAGGGGAGGCUCUUGGAGGGGUCCCCAGCCCCCCGAGCUGCAUGCCCCUCAUACUUUCUCGGUUUUAAAGUCAAAUGCGUCCUCAGUGUUCAAAAAUUAUUAAUUGCUGGGCCGAUGUCCCUGUGGCAGGCCAUUGGCUACGCUGAUAAGCCUGACAGCUUUCCUUAGUUGUGAUAUUAAUGUGAUUUCCACCACCCUCACAUUAAAAAAACAGAUGGAAAAUGAACCAACUUCAGGCUUUGUUGAAUGACAGUCUUAUCAGAACAAAGCACGUGGAAAAUGCAGCUAUUAUCAACAUAAAUGAAAGAAAAGUCUGUGCAUCAACCUUUGGCUUUUAUGUGCCACCAGAGAAUGCCAUAAACCUGAUCUACACUUUCUACAAUAACUUAAUGCAAGUUAGAAGGGAAGGACUCUACUUCAAGCAGAAGCACUAUAAAUGUGUCCGAGCAGAUGAGUAUUCCAUCUAUCUUAAAAAUCCAGAUGGAGGCCUGAUAGCUGUGAAGACCAAUGCUUUCAUCCUGAUUGCUACUUACGAAGUGGGCAUGUAUCCCAGCGUGUGCGUGGAAGCUGUGGAGAAACUCGCAGACUACUUUAGAGACAAGGGUAGCUGAAUCAGCAGAAACCUUGAACUUCAUCAAGCUCAGAAGGAAAACAAGUAUAGAUGUUUGAUGCGUUAUCCAACUCCAGCAAGCACCUGCUGUUUUACCACACUCCAACUGCAGAGCGAAGGCUGUUUCCCCAUUUUUUUUUUUUAACAACUCUUGAAGGUUCACUGCUCCCAAGAGGACUACCUUAUGCAUGUAUCACCCAAGUUUUCAAACAGAAUUGAGAGUGAUGUCCUCAAGAUUUGGCUUAGGAUGCUUUCCUUAAUCUUUUGAAUGUUGUCUUUUAGCCUGUUUCUAGAUAAGAAAAUUAUUCAUCUCCCUGAGCAAAGUAACUUCGCUCAGAGCAUUUCUCUCAGCUAUGUAGCAUCACAGACCCAAGGGACUAAGGAAAUUGUUACAUUAACAGAUUUUCAGUUUGCCCUGCAUGCCCUUGAAUAUUGGAAAUAAAAUACAUUUUUCA